AUGUCUGGGAUCACCGCUAAUGAAGCUUGUAAUGACUGUUUAACAUCAGCGCAGCAUCCGAACUCCACGGACAUUUACUCCCAUUCGCAUAUUGAUGAAGACGAUGAACUUCUCAAGUACAUCUGGAGGGAAUAUUUGCAUCCUAAACAAUACGAAUGGGUGCUCAUAGUUGGAUAUAUCAUGGUUUUCCUCGUCUCUCUGGUCGGAAACACAUUGGUUUGUUUUGCAGUUUGGAAAAACCAUCACAUGCGCACAGUGACCAACUACUUCAUAGUGAACCUGUCCUUCGCAGACAUCCUGGUCACAAUCACAUGUCUUCCUGCGAGUCUUGUGGUGGACAUCACAGAAACCUGGUUCUUCGGACAGACCCUGUGCAAGAUACUACCUUACUUACAGACAAUCUCUGUGUCUGUAUCAGUUCUGACACUGAGCUGCAUAGCCCAAGAUCGCUGGUAUGCUAUCUGCCACCCCCUUAAGUUCAAGAGUACUGCCAAAAGAGCCCGCAAGAGUAUCGUUCUGAUCUGGCUGGUUUCCUGCGUGAUCAUGAUUCCACAAGCCAUAGUCAUGGAAUGCAGCAGUCUGCUCCCAGAGCUCACCAACAAAACCAGUCUGUUCACCGUGUGUGAUGAACAGUGGGCAGAUGAAAUCUACCCUAAAGUCUACCACACCUGCUUCUUUAUUGUCACUUAUUUUGCUCCCUUAUGUUUGAUGGUCCUGGCAUACAUUCAAAUCUGUCAUAAACUCUGGUGUCAACAGAUUCCUGGAACCUCAUCAGUGCUUCAAAGGAAAUGGAAGUCGCUGCAGUGUUCCGCCCAUGCUGUAGGUUCAGGAGAGUCAGUGAAAGUGAGAACUAGCACAGUCUCAGCAGAGAUCAAACAGGUGAAAGCCCGACGGAAGACGGCACGCAUGCUGAUGGUGGUGCUGUUCGUGUUUGCACUCUGUUACCUUCCCAUCAGUGUUCUCAACAUCAUGAAGAGAGUAUUUGGCGCUUUUAAGAACACAGACAACAGAGAGACUGUCUAUGCCUGGUUCACAUUCUCACACUGGCUUAUAUACGCCAACAGUGCCGCCAAUCCAAUUAUCUACAAUUUCCUCAGUGGUAAAUUUCGAGAGGAGUUCAAAGCAGCAUUCAUCUGUCAUUGCUCCGGUAGAGAUGAGACACGCAAGGAAAGAGUCAGAGUGAGAACCAGUACAGAUAGCCGCAAAUCACUGUCUACCCAAGUAAACCAUUUUGACAACAUCUCCAGGAUUUCUGACCAUGCUGUGUAGCUCCAUCAUGAGAAGGGUUGGCUGGGUUAAUCCUACUGAGUGCCACUUCACCAGUCAUGACCACCGACUAGAAGAACACAGAUGUGCCCUAUGUUUUGACCUGCAAGAAGCAUGGAUGGAAGGAUUGAAUAGACCUAUUAUCCCCUGAGAAUUACCCAGCCUUUUUGAAAAUGACAGUGUAUCUAUCGUGGGAGCACAUGAACCUUCCUGUGAAUCAAAUUUUUUACCCUCUGAGCCAAGGGGUUAUUUUUCUGCUCACCGCAACAGGUGAUGUACCCACAAUCCCCAGAGAUGAUGUGCAUGCAAAUAAUGGCAUGUGUCCGAAACACACUGCAUUCCUCAUCUCAAGAUAAAAAGCCAAUGAUGAUAGAAGGGAUGCAUAAUGGUGAUGUGUCAUUUUUCCAGUGUUAAAAUAGUCUCCUAUCAAAUCUCAUGUAGAGACAACGAAGUAAUUUGUGAGUUAUCUAAAAUGUGUAAAGACUGCAGCACCACUGCUCUUUAUUUUUGAGCAUCCUAUAACCAGCUGAACACAGUGAUACUGGCUCAUCAGUCAUGUGAAUUUUGGAUGUUACUAUUUGUUUGAAUGGCCAGUGGCCAAACAGUAUUUUUGGAAUUCAUCCCCUAGCAGUGCAGAAAUAACACACUUCAUAGAACAGGUGACACUUUACACAAUGCAUGCUUAAACUGCUUCAAGUACUUGUGAAAAUUGAUAUUGUAUAUACAUAUAUGUCUUUUUUUUUUUUUUUUCUGUGUUUAAAGAAUGUGCAAUUUUUCUCUAUAAGUAUUCUUUUAGUCAUCUUUUCAAGAACAGUCUGCUCUAAUUUCUUGGUCAAGUACUCAAAAAAACAAAACCAAAAAAACAGUAAUUAUGCUUACAGAUAAAAGUCUGUUAUUUCCAGUGAUAAGCAUCUGUGUUGUGUGGUGUUUGCAUUUAUUUCUAAAAGAGUCAUUUUGAUGUUUUGCACGGUCCAGCAGUAAUUAUUUGCUCUGAGUGUUUGCUUGUUGGGUCAGGAAGCCUGGUGCACUGGCUGUCGUGACUAUUAUUAGUCAAAUUACUAGUCAUAAAACAGAACAAGGGCACAAUAAAGCAUCUUUGUUUAAGUGUGGUACAAGCCAAGCACAAACAGGUGAACAGCAGGGCAUAGAACUAAUUAUGAUGUAUACCUCUCAGGUGCUUGCUUUGAGCUCUUGUGUAACUUAUUAAAAAUGUGUACUUGCUGCUACUUAUGACAUUUAUUCAUAAAUGCAUUGAAUGUGAUUUUCAUACAUGCUGACCUUUAAACCAUGUUUACACAGAAAAAAAAGGAAAAAGAGAACUACUUUUGUCUAUUAAGGUGCAAUCCAUAUAUAA